GAAUCCGCCAUGGAAGAUGUAUAGAAUACUAUCGACGCCGGCGUCAAAGUUCCGUCAGUUCCGGCGACUCCGCUCUCGAGCGAAAAGCGCGGCGACCGACGAGGAACACGCGUUCCAGAUCCUAUGGCGGUACCAGAUCCUGGACCCGAACAGCGACAUCGUAGCUUAUUGGAACAGGGUGUUCCUUGUGACGAGCCUCCUCGCCCUCUUCGUCGACCCUCUAUACUUCUACCUACCCACCGUUGGUGGCCCAGCGUGCUUGCAAGCAGACCCCAAACUCAGCAUUCUCGUCACCAUUCUCCGUUCCUUCGCCGACCUCUUCUACGUCCUCCACAUGCUCAUGAAGUUCCGCACCGCCUUCGUCGCCCCCAAUUCUAGAAUCUUCGGCCGCGGCGAACUCGUCACGGACGCCCGCGAAAUCGCCAUCCGUUACUUGAAGUCUGAUUUUGUCAUUGACCUCGCUGCCACCAUCCCUCUCCCUCAGAUCGUGAUUUGGUUAGUCAUUCCAGCGAGUAGUAAAGCAAGAACUGAUCAUGCCAACAACACCCUUGCCCUUUUCGUUCUUAUUCAGUAUGUUCCUAGGCUAUUUCUUAUCUUUCCUUUGAACCACCGUAUUCAGAAAACCACUGGUGUUAUUGCCAAGACUCCCUGGAUUGGAGCUGCGUACAAUCUUGUUCUCUAUAUGCUAGCUAGUCAUAUUACAGGAGCAACUUGGUAUCUGUCGUCAAUAGGGAGACAAUUUAGCUGUUGGCAAACUCAGUGCAAUCAAGAAAACAAAUCACAUACCCUGUCUUGCUUGCCUAGUUAUCUUGAUUGCAAUAGUUUGAACCUCCCUGAAAGGGAAUACUGGCUGAACAUCACCCGUGUAAUUAGCAAAUGUGACGCCAAGAGCAAGAUCAAUAUCAAAUAUAAGUUUGGGAUGUUUGCAGAUGCUUUUCUGAAUGACGUUGUCACUUCCAGUUUUAAGGAAAGAUAUUUCUAUUGUCUUUGGUGGGGUUUGAGAAAUUUAAGUUCGUAUGGACAGAAUUUGGACACCACAACAUACCUUCCGGAGACACUAUUUUGUAUCAUCUUGUGCAUUGCUGGAUUAGUUCUCUUUUCACUAUUGAUUGGAAACAUGCAGACGUACUUGCAAUCGAUGUCAGUUAGACUCGAAGAAUGGAGGAUUCGGAAAAGAGACACCGAGGAGUGGAUGAGGCAUCGCCAGUUACCACCAGAUUUGCAGGAACGUGUCCGUCGUUUUGUUCAAUACAAAUGGCUUGCGACAAGAGGAGUUAACGAAGAGGCUAUAAUGCUUUCGUUACCUCUUGAUCUUCGUCGAGAAAUUCAACAUCACUUGUGUCUUUCCCUUGUGCGGCGAGUCCCUUUCUUCUCACAAAUGGACGAUCAGCUUCUCGAUGCCAUUUGUGAACGUCUUGUGUCAUCAUUAAGCACAGAAGGCACCUACAUAUUUCGAGAGGGUGAUCCAGUGGAUGAAAUGUUGUUUAUCAUUAGAGGGCAAUUGGAGAGCUCGACAACGAAUGGAGGAAGGUCUGGAUUCUAUAAUUCCAUAACACUAAGACCUGGUGACUUCUGUGGAGAGGAAUUGUUGACAUGGGCCUUAAUGCCAAACUCAACCCUCAACCUACCUUCUUCGACUCGCACUGUCAAAGCCCUCACUGAAGUUGAAGCUUUUGCACUACAGGCAGAGGAUCUGAAAUUUGUUGCAGGUCAGUUCAAGCGCCUUCACAGCAAGAAACUUCAGCACGCGUUUAGGUAUUAUUCCCAUCAAUGGAGAGCAUGGGGUACUUGCUUCAUACAAGCUGCUUGGAGAAGGUAUCAGAAAAGAAAGGCAACAAGGGAGUUAUCCCUGAAAGAGGGUCUUUACUACAUGGCAGUGCCUGAGAGUGAUGAAAGUGGAAAUUAUGAGGAUGAUGAGAUCGGGGAAUCCUCAGGGAAUGUGAAAAAGGUUCAAAACCUUGGUGCAACUGUUUUGGCCUCAAAGUUUGCUGCCAAUACAAGGAGAGGGAACCAUAAGCUACAAGGCAGUGACCCUGUGCCGCAAUUGUUCAAGCCAGAUGAACCUGAUUUCUCUGUAGACAAUGAGGAAGUUUAGUGAGCACAAAAACUAAUCCUAAACUGAAAACAUAGUUUUAACUUUUAACACUGGUUCAAUAGGAAGUCUUAUUAUUU